AAUUUACAGUCCGUUGCAGUCCAGGACAGCGAUUCUAAAGCCAACUUAUUGCAUCAGUCUAUCGGGCGGUCUCUCGCAAUAUGGUGGGGUAAUUACCCCAGAAAUCAAAAUCCGACCGAUUGUGGCUUGCCAGUGGCAAUCUUGCUCUUUGAAGAAUGAGUGUGGAACUCAUGCCCCCGGAAGACUCUGCUGCUUCGAGUUCUGGCCUACUCGAGUUAGAAGUAGGAAAGUUAUAGCCAUAUUUGCCAACUUCCUUCAAGUGAUCCGAGUUGUGGGCCUCUCCUCUGGCUAAUCCUGACCCUGAGGCUCUGGCAAGAAUUCAUUCGCAUGUCUAAAUAGACAUCGUCGACUUGACUUAGCUCUUUGUCUUAUUUUCAAUACCUUCAGUUCUUGCAAAUAUGUUUGGCAUUAUACUAUUCGCGCUGACGGCUUUCUUGUUGUUCACUUACUUCCUCGUUUGGCCACUCGUCGAAUACUUUCGCGAUCCCAAAGGCCUUCGCAAAUAUCCAAAUUUCAAUUUUCUGUCCGGAAUCACAGAUCUCAGUUUCAGUUAUGAAGCUCACAAAGGAUUCCGGUCUCUUGCUCUUCUAGAGGCUCACAAGAAAUCGCCAGUUGUUCGCAUUGGUCCAAAUUCGUUGUCAUACUCCGACCUUUCAGCGAUCAAGGACAUCUAUGGCCACAACACAAAAUGCGUCAAAGACGUAUUCUACGACACUCUAGCAGGCACUCACCACCACCUCGCCGAUGCUACCGAUAAAUUAGACCACCAACGCAAACGCCGAAUCUUGUCCAGUGCAUACGCUCUCAAGAACCUCGAAGGGUGGGAACACAAAGUCGCAGACAAGACAUCUCGUUUCAUCAUCGCAGCAGAUGCUCGCUGCACUCAGCCCCUUAAGAAAGGUAUGGUCCCGGCACCACAAGACCUCACAUUCGACUACCGAGCCUACUCAAACUUCUUCACCCUCGAUGCCAUCGCAGACAUCGGCCUCUCCGAACGUCUCGGAUUCCUAGAUCAAGGCCAUGACCUAGUCACAGCCGAGACAAUGGACGGCAAACUCUACAAAGCCAACUAUCGAGAAUGUCUCCACGCCACGGCACGAGCGCAAUCAAUUCUCGUCUGGGCAUACUCCUGGUUCCCCUUCCUGACCAAGAUCUCGAAACUCGUCUCGUCGGAUUUCAGAAGGAUGUGGAAAUUGAACGAAGGCUGGAACGACAUAGUCUGGCACCGAGCAACCCAGCGACUAGCCCGCUACCGCGCCGGCGAGAAACUAGAUGACUUCUUCUCCGCGUUGAUGGAAGACAAGAACGGGAAUCCAAAUGGAAUGGAAUGGGGCGAAAUCGUAGCCGAGAUCUCGAUCAUGAUGAAUGCCGGCUCCGAUACAACAGCAAUCGGGAUGUGCAACGCCAUGUAUCUGCUCCUGGCCAACCCAGCAUGCUUGUCCAAACUCCGAGCCGAACUCGACGCUGUGAUCGAACCUUCCGAGGUCGUCAUACCGUACGACAAAGUUCGACACUUACCGUACCUUCGUGCUUGUCUCGAUGAAGCGUUGCGAUUAUUCCCUCCAUCGACUUUCGGACUUCCGAGACGCACGCCACCGGAAGGCGCACCGAUCUUGGGUGAUUUCAUAUCAGGCGAUACAUCGGUGUCUAUCUCCGCUUAUGUAGCGCAUCGAGAUCAGAAUGUGUUUCCUGAGCCCGAGAAGUAUCGGCCUGAGAGGUGGUUGGGCGAUGAUGCGAAGGAGUUGCAGGCUGCGUUUAUCACGUUUAGUACUGGGGCUAGGGGGUGUAUUGGGAGGAAUAUUAGUUAUUUGGAACAGACUGUGCUGCUUGCAAGUGUGGUUCAUCGAUUUGAGUUUGCCUUACCGCACGAGAAUUGGGUGCCAGAUCGGGUUGAAGCUUUCAAUUUGUCACCAGGUCCAAUGCCUCUGAAAGUAUGGAGAAGAUUCGAGGAUGUUGAGUAAGUGGAGUGGUGAUGGUGAAGAGCAUUUGCACUACAUGGAGAUAUUACAGCGUCGUUGAUAGGAAGUCAUAUCCAAACUUAUUUACAUCAUUCAUAAACGUUCAAUAUCAUUACAUCCUAGGACUUGUCCAAUUCCAAGCAUCCUUUAACCUAUCUUGAAUCUCUUUAGUGGGCCACGCAUGCUUAGUAUCGGUGUAUACCAGGACAUCCAAGAUGC